GCCGCAUCUGAUCCCCAAGAGAGAGACACAUCGCAAGGGUUCUGACUGCAAGGAGGGUGUGUGUGUGAGAAAGAGAGACGCCUGAGUGACAGCAAAUACUCCCUCUGAGAACCAACAAAGUGGACUUGCUGCUGGCGGGCUGCAUUGUUAUAUUCAUUGCCUGGAAGGCACUGGGAGCACAAGUUGUACAUCUUUGAAUGAGCCCCUGAUUCUUUUAUUCUUUUGUGUGUCGGUCAUUAUGUUUGACACCGGCAAGUUUGCAUGAUGCUCAUCAGGUUGGGAUACCAGGAGAGGAAGCUACCAAGAGGAGGAGAGAAUCAAAAGGCUUAAAUUAUCUUACAGUGUGAAACACAAUCUCCACCAAGGAAAAUAAAGUGUGAGAAGCAAUUUUCAAGUGACCUGGAUUGUCGUGAGCACAGAAUGAACUUAAUAUGGAUGUAAAAGAACGUAGGCCUUAUUGUUCCCUGACAAAGAGCCGUCGAGACAAAGAAAGGCGUUACACAAAUUCUUCAGUGGACAAUGAUGAGUGUAGAGUUCCUACACAAAAAUCUUAUAGCUCAAGUGAAACCCUGAAAGCGUUUGAUCAUGAUUCUUCAAGGCUGCUCUAUGGAAACCGGGUAAAAGACCUGGUUCACAGAGAAGCAGAUGAGUAUACUAGACAAGGACAAAAUUUUACCCUACGGCAGUUAGGGAUUUGUGAACCAGCUUCCCGGCGUGCACUCGCUUUUUGUGCAGACAUGGGGCUCCCGCACAGAGGCUACUCCAUCAAUGCAGGUUCCGAUGCCGAGACAGAAAAUGAGGGCGUCAUGUCCCCCGAACACGCAAUGAGACUGUGGGGCAGGGGCGUGAAAUCUGGGCGCAGUUCCUGCCUGUCAAGCCGUUCCAACUCAGCCCUGACACUAACCGACACUGAACAUGAAAACAAGUCUGAUAGCGAGCCUGGUAAGUUCCGCACAAACCCUCCAGUUACCGUCUUUAACAGAUUUUUAAAUAACUUUUGACGAAAUCGUUUCAUGUCUUUUAACUAUGGGACAAGUUGAAGUGAAACACAUCGCUCUGACAUUUUUUGAUUCUAUAAAAAGUGUUAGAAAAUGUCAAAGAACGGUGGUAUUAUUGUACAAUCUAUUCACUAGUCAUCAUGCCAGCAGGAACACUGUGAUGGAGCCUUUUUUUUUAGAUCAGGAAGCUUUCUUUUUUUUUUUUAAUUUUACUGCUGGGAGCAAAAUGUUAAAAUCCUUUAAAUUUCGCAAUUUGUGCCCAUUGAUAUCAGGCUAACGAAAAGCAAUAGGCC